GUGUUGCCAGACAGCUCGCAAUAUUCCCUCCCUUCCCAUCCACCCUCCAGUGUUUCCUCGUACAUAUUUCACCCUUAAAAUAUACAGAAUUCAUAGGUGAAGUAAAAUAUCCUGGUGGCUUUGUCUGGGGGAGUCGAUGAAGAGAAAUAAAUAAUAACGCACGGCACAGAAGCCUCGUCGGCGCAUGUGCGAGGCAAUGCGCUCCAGUAGACGGCCUGGAAGUCGGCUGCAGAAUCUGGGAUACGGAAUUCCAGGUCAGAAACACGUAAAUUGCAGUGCACCUAACCUUGCAGCGGACCCAAGUCGACGAUGAGGAGGUGUAUGAGCGAGGCAGGACGUACUAUGGCCUGCCAUGCUCCGCCAAAUCGAUAAAGUCACAGGCCUGGCGGGUGAAACGGACGAGAAACUCCCUCCCGUGAUUCGUCAGAGGAAAACGCUGGACUGUUGUCCUCGCGAUGAUGCCUCACACCCCCCCACCAGCGCCACCAGCACCGUCAUCCUGCCAAGUGUACCGUGUUAACAUAUUCCUGCCGUGUGUCCACCUCGUGUAGCCGAGCCUAACGUGCCACUAACAGCCAAACAGAAGCCCCUUGUCCUGAACAGUGAAGCCCUCCCUCUUCCCCUCUUCUAACUCCUCUUCUCUCUACUGAAUAAAAACUGACUACAAUCAAUUACGCUCCAGUCACACAAGCUUCUCGACCCACAUAACAAGACUCCUCCAAGAUCAUGUGGUGAACAUGAACGAGAUCUCGGCUGGAGAGGGUAUUCCUGACCCAGCCAGUGAGGAGAGCAUGGACGUGUCAGAGGCCAGUAACAGCAGCGGAACACUGGCCAACCACUCGCCGCUCUCCGACCACCUCGCCAGCAACAUUUACUCCUACGAACACGGCGUGCGUGACCCUCUAAGGUUUCCAAUGCAGAACGGACGGCUCGUGGGCGCGGCGGUGGAGGGGGAGAUUUCGCCGCCCUCGGGGCUGGGCGAGGCGGCUGCGGCGCCUGCCCGGGGACACAAGCCCACGCCCUUCAACCUGUCCCACCUCGAGUACACCUUGCCGGACACUGAAAUAUACGAGCCCGAAACAGUGGACUUCCCCAGUUCGCCAACUGCUCUGCGGUAUCUGGCGGACCCCGGCGAGGACUGCGGCGGCGUACGGCUGGCCGAGCGGGAGGACACGACGCAGCCACCAGCCACCCCCACCGAGGAGGACCGGUCCCUGUACACGGCGGUGGUGUCGCCGCCCACCGGUCAGGUCACACUCAGGAAAGAGCGACCCUCCAGCCUGGAAGUGAACCGCAAGAAGCGCCUCACCGUCACGGAGGAGCUGCUGACGGUGGCCGUGGACGACGACCAGCACUCCAUCUCGUCCCUCAGCCAACAUAGCGACGACGACGACGACGACGCUCAGAUGCUGUCCCACGACGAGUUCACCGACAUGCUCACGCCGGACGACAUCGACACCCCCGACGAGCUGGAAGAGUCCAUCAUGGAGCGUCUGGGCCCCCAGCCAAGGAUAGAUCCCCUGCCGGAGUACACCGCCACCCAGGAGACCACCGAGGAAAGGUCGUGGCGCUCAGUCGUCAUAUCGGGCAUCGAGAGGAGAAUUGAUAUGAAGGUAAUUGAGCCGUACAAGAAAGUGCUAAGUCACGGGGGCUACCUGUCGGGCAGCAACGAAGCUAUCAUAGUGUUCUCCGCCUGCUUCCUCCCUGAUCGGUCACGGAAAGAUUACGAUUACGUCAUGGAUAACCUCUUCAUGUAUGUUCUGACGACCCUGGACCAGCUCAUCGCCGAAGACUACGUCCUCAUCUACCUCCAUGGGGCGACCACGAGGGGCAACAUGCCGUCCUUCGCCUGGCUCAAGCGCUGCUACCAGAUGAUUGACCGGCGGCUCCGCAAGAACCUGCAGGGCCUCUACCUGGUGCACCCGACCUUCUGGGUGAAGACCGUGGUGGUGAUGACGCGCCCCUUUGUCAGUGCUAAAUUUGCUCGCAAGUUGAGAUUUGUAAAUAGUUUGAAAGAACUAUCCAGCCUUAUUCCAAUGGACCAAGUGUGUAUUCCAGACAGAGUCAAACAGUAUGAUGAGAUCAGAGAAAGCUUGCUGGUGAAGGCAUGAACAGAGCAUGAGCACAAACAAAUCCAGUGUGCUGCCACCACCCUACCUAAGCCUGUGUGGGGGGCAGCAAGUACCUCUAGCCACCUGCCUUCAGUUAACCUCCAACAGGAUUCACUACCCAAAUGAAAGCUUUGUGUGUAUACUCACCCACAUACAUGAAUUCACCUAUGGCAAAUGAGAUAUAUAUAAAAGAUAUAUAUGUACACGUUAUGCUUUUUGGAUGGAGAAGGAACAACAGCUAAGUUGAUCAAAUAAUUUGCAUAUCAGUUGUUGCUUACUUAUUUUGUUAGGUGAUCUGAGGUGUUUUCUGUCAUGUCCUACAAGUAAUAUGAUUAAGGGAAUAGAAGCUUUCUCUGCACAAAGUGGACAGGGUGCACCCUGCUGAAUGGUUGGCCUCAGGCUCAGAACUGUGCCUAGCUGGGGGUGUUGUGUGGUGCUUUACAAGUGUUGGUGAGGUGAAGGUGUGUCCAGGGAGAGAAAAAUCAAUUGUUGUUAACAUUUGUUAGAGGGAAAGUUUCACUGUGGAUACAAUAUGUCAUGCCUAUAAUAUAUAUAUAUAUAUAUAUAUAUAUAUAUAUAUAUAUAUA